AUGGAACCAAGGAAUGACACCCAAAUUUUAGAAUUUUAUCUUCUAGGAUUGUCAGAAGAUCCAGAACAGCAAUCUUCUGUAUUUAUAAUUUUCCUCUCCAUGUAUGUGAUUACUGUAGUAGGGAAUCUGCUCCUCAUUCUGGCCACAGUCUCAGACACCCACCUGCACACCCCCAUGUACUUCUUCCUCUCCAAUCUGUACUUCGUGGACAUCAAUUUCACCUCCACUGUGAUACCAAAGAUGCUGCUGAACAUCCAGACACAGAGCAAAGUCAUAACAUAUAAAAGCUGCAUCACCCAAACAUAUUUAUUUUCACUGUUUAUAAUACUGGACAUAUUACUGUUGACUGUGAUGUCCUAUGACCACUUUGUAGCCAUCUGCCACCCUCUGCAUUACAUGGUCAUCAUGAACCCAUGGCUCUGUGUGUUACUGGUCCUAGCAUGCUGGAUUGUGGGUGCCCUAAAUGCCAUGUUACAUAGCUUAAUGAUGCUGCAGCUGGCCUUCUGCACUGACCUGGAAAUCCCACAUUUCUUCUGUGAAUUUAAUCAGGUGAUCCACUGCGCUUGCUCUGACACAUUUUCCAAUGAAGUGGUAAUGUAUUUUACAACUGUGCUGCUUGGUGUAUUUCCCCUUGCUGGUGUCCUUUACUCUUACUUUAAAAUAGUUUCUUCCAUAUAUGCAAUCUCAUCAAGUCAGGGGAGAUAUAAAGCAUUUUCCACCUGUGCAUCUCACCUCUCAGUUGUCUCCUUAUUUUAUGGCACUGGGUUAAGUGUGUACCUCAGUUCUGCUGUCACUCAAAAUGCACAUUCAUCUGCAACAGCCUCAGUGAUGUACACUGUGGUAACACCCAUGCUAAAUCCUUUCAUCUAUAGUCUAAGGAAUAAAGUCAUCAAGAGUGCUCUUAAAGUAAUUUUUAAGAGAGCUACUGGAAUGGUUGUUUUACCUGUGACUGAAAAAAAUACCAAUGAUUACCAGGCUCAAAGCCUGAGAGCCAAGAACUGUGAUAACUCAAUCCAAUUAUAA